UGGCUCUCAGAGUGUGUUAUAUUAGAUAGGUCCUUAGGUUUGCAGUGCAGGCUUUGUCUCCCAACAAAGCCUGCCAUGAAGGGAUUUAGGUGAGCCGGUGAGCCGGGACGGGCCCGGCUCCGGACGCGCCCAAAACGAUGUUUGAAGCCUAUCCGCAGCAAAGGAUCAGCUCGAGCAAGAUCAUUGCUCCACUCAGUCUGGUGGCUGUGCUCUGCCUGGUCCUGUAUGCGGCAUUUGAGUCCUCUUCGCACGAUGAGAGGCCGGAAUCCUUGGAAGAUCCGGGCAUGAGGCGGAUGAGGCCUUUCCUCUCUUCCCGCAGCUUUGAGAUUGGUCUUUGGACACGGUCGAAAGGGCACGAGGGACAUCCGUCCAGCUCCGACGCGUUCCCGGGCGCCAAGAGGGUCGGAAAUCUUCGGAAAAAGCCUCCCGCGAGUGGUCCUUGUUGGCUGGAGGUGUUCUGAAGGCCUGUGGGAGGAUAGAACUGAAUGAAUGGGGGGAUACGCUGCACGGCUGCACGAGUGUGUGAAAAGAUGCCAGAGGCUUGGCCAUAACAGUUGUCAGUCAAGUGGCCAUGAUCUGACAGAUCCAAAGGUGCUCAAAGAAUCUCAAAGACAUAUAUUGCGUUCGGUUCGAUUAGCAAACAACCAGAAGCGCUGGCCAGAUAAGCACUGCCCCUGUCCUGCCUUGCCGAAACCUGGGUCGUCAGUGACUCCUGCGGAUGACCUUUUUUUGCGAAAUUCCAAGUCUCCGGAGUCUAACACUCAACCCUUUUGGCUUUGCUUUCCCUGCCCAGAGGCCUCCUCUUGCACAGACUUUUCACGCCCGUGCGUCUCCCGAGGGCCUCGGCGGAAUCGGUCCGAAGCCCGAGAUCCGUGUCCAAGUCCGCGCGUGCGGGUUGAGAAUCAAAGCGUGUUACAGAAUUACAGAUCAGUCAGAAAAAGCACAACAGAAGGCAUUCCAGACGUACAACGGAUCCGUCACAACGAACAACAUCCAGACACCUCCGGACGGAUCCGCUUGAAACGGUCACGCGCUUUGGCCCCAAAGGCGCCCCAAAAGCGCUGCGGCGGUCGCCGCGCCUCGCCGGCCAGAACCCGGGACGGCCGCCGAAAAAGCGAGGCUGAGGAAGUGGCGCAACUGCGGCAAGAGCUUGAGAAGGCUCGUGUGAGGACGGAGCAGCAAGCCGCCGAGCUGUCGCGCCUGCGACCACGCUCGCCGGCUCGCGGCUCGAGUGCAGGUGAGCGCCCUGUGGAGGACUCCGAGCCAGAUGCUUCGAAGGACGCGCCGAAGGAGGCUCCAGAGAUCCCGCCCAGUCUGUGGCGAGAGCCUCCUGAGGUCUCGCCGGCGCCGACUCCGAGUCCUCGCGGCGAAGCGCCGGUGCCGGACGUGAAAGAGGAGAUCAAGGACAGUACGAUCACUGUCAAGACUGGAGACAAGCAGAUCAUCUUGCAGAUCGGCAAGGAGCCAGAGACGAGCUCCACCAGCCAAGGAUGGCAAGGGAAGGGUGUGGAAACCACGACUCAGGCGUCCGUCGUGCUCGCCAACGCCACGGAGUCCAAAGGUGAGAGUGAUGGCACCCUCAUCACCGUCCGCUCUGGGCAGCAGUCCAUCGUGAUUCAGGUCCGCGAUGAGCAGGCGACCGCUUCGCCCAGCUCCACUUCUUCGCUCGAGUUGACCAACACCACGGCGCUCGCUGCGGUGAAGGCUUUGCCAGAGCUGCCUGAGCUUCCUCCCUUGGCUGAGGAGGUGGUUCCGAACCGCGAGUCGGAGACCUUUGCAGGUCUGGCGGCAGAGGUGGACGUUUCCACUACGACCGAGCCAGAAGAGGAGGAGUCGACCACGACCAAAGGAAAUCCGGCCUAUGCCAAUCUGGCCCUGCGGACCCGCUAGGGUCGUUGAGGCUGCUUUCCACCGCUGCUUUCCACUGUGAGGGUGUCUGACGUGGACGGUGUCGUCCGCGGGAUCCUCGCCCGGCCUCCUUUGUGAGGCCCUUGUACAAAGCAAGAUGUCUCACAGUGUUAGUUAGAGAAACAGGAGGUGGAUCAAAAGCUGAGGUUUAGGUUCUUCUUGUCGCC